UAUCGCGGAUUUAUGAUUUUAAUUUUUUCCUCCUCGCGACUCUACUGAACGCACAGAUAUACUGUAAUUUGCUGCUUCCGCUGCUGUCUUGUGAAAUAUAGAGGGGAAGAAUUAAGAGAAUAAGAGUCCUAUGCUGGGGGACUCAACUGCGUUGGAAGGUGGGGGCGCUAGCUCUGGAGAUGAUGCUGCGGCCGCCACCGCUGCUGCUGCAGCAUCUGCUGGAGGAGCUGCAGAAGCCCAUGACGGCGGUGAGUCAGCAAUUGUGGCGGCGGCUGGCGGUGGUGGGGGAGCUGGAUCGAAUUCAGGCGAAGAGGGUGGUGGUGGGGACAGAAGCUUCGGCGGUAACCGGUGGCCCCGCCAGGAGACUCUGGCGCUCUUGAAGAUACGCUCCGACAUGGACGUCGCGUUUCGAGAUGCCAGCGUUAAGGGUCCCUUGUGGGAUGAGGUUUCCAGGAAGUUAGCAGAGCUGGGAUACCACAGAAGCGCCAAGAAGUGCAAGGAGAAAUUCGAGAACGUUUACAAGUACCACAAGCGAACCAAGGAAGGCCGAACCGGAAAACCAUACGGCAAAACGUACCGUUUCUUCGAUCAGUUAGAAGCUCUCGAUCAGCACCAUCAUCAUCAAAACCAUCCUCAUAAUAAUACUAAUUCUUUAUUGAUUCAAUCCUCUUCUUCUAAUGCCGCUCCUCUACCUGCACCACCAGUCUCCGUCAUCCCCACCACCCAACCUCCUCCUUCAGUGAUGGUGGCGCCACAAGUAGCACCGCCUUAUCCUCCUCCUCCUCAUGUUAAUGCUUCUACUACUAUUCCAUCAAUGAACACUUCUUCAAUCCCUCCAUUGUACCCACCCCCACCGGCAUCGACGACGACGACCACAGCAAACCCUACUUUUAUACCCUCGUUCGCCAGCAUACCGACGGAUCUCUUGUCCAAUUCUAGUUCGUCUUCGACGUCGUCUGAUGAGACGAUAGAGGCUCGGCGGAAGCGGAAGAGGAAGUGGAAGGACUUCUUCGAGAGGCUGAUGAAGGAGGUGAUAGAGAAGCAGGAGGAGUUGCAGAAGAGGUUUCUGGAAGCCAUAGAGAAACGCGAGCACGAGAGAAUGGUUCGGGAGGAGUCCUGGAGAAUGCAGGAGAUGGCCAGGAUCAAUAAGGAGAGAGAAAUAUUGGCGCAGGAAAGAUCCAUUGCGGCCGCAAAAGACGCUGCUGUUAUGGCCUUCUUGCAGAAGAUCGCUGAACAGCAGAAUCCCGGUCAACCGGCACCGACAACAAAUAACAUUAGCAUUCCCAAUCCUCCGUCGCAGCCUACGGCAACUCCCGCACCAGCACCAGCACCAGCGCCUGUAAUUGCACCGCCGCCGCCGCAGCCACUCCAACCUGUGACGGUGCAACAAUCAACUUCGGUUCUUUCUACUCCACCGCCGGCUCCGCCUCCAUCAGCGCAACAAGGUAUAACGAGCAUGGAAAUUGUAAUGAAAACUGACAACGGGGAUAACAGUAAUUUGACGAUGCCAUCCUCGGCCACGCCGGGUACCUCAUCGUCGAGGUGGCCGAAAGUGGAGGUAGAGACGCUGAUAAAACUGCGGUCAAACCUGGACGCUAAGUACCAGGAGAAUGGGCCGAAAGGGCCGUUGUGGGAGGAAAUCUCUGCCGCAAUGAGGAAACUGGGGUACAACCGUAGCUCCAAGAGGUGCAAAGAGAAGUGGGAGAACAUCAACAAGUACUUCAAGAAAGUGAAGGAGAGCAACAAGAGAAGACCAGAAGAUUCCAAGACGUGUCCUUACUUUCACCAGCUGGAUGCUCUAUACAGGGAAAAGAAGUUCAAGUUGCAGUCAGCUCCGCCGCCGCCGCCGGAUAACAUGUCUACGCCGCUCAUGGUGCGCCCAGAGCAGCAGUGGCCGCCGCAACCGCAGACGCAGACGCAGCCGCAGCUGCAAGAUACACGGCCGUCGGGGCCCCAGGUGAUGAUGGGAAGCGCGGGAAAUGAUGCAAUGGAAGAAGAAGAUGAGGAGGAAGACAAGGAUAGAGAGGAAGAAGAUGAUGACGACGACGAUGAUGGAGGAAGUGGUACCUACGAGAUAGUGGCAAGCACGCCAGCUACUUCAGUGGGUGCUUCUGAGUGAGUGAGAGAGAGAAAGAGAAGAAAGGGCCAAAAGGAAGGUGAACCAAUCAAGCAGAGUGAGGUGGGUCAGAGAGAUUGCAAAGGUUGUCGGAGGUGGAGUGCGGCGGCGGAUACGGCGACGACGCGACGGCGGUGGGUUUGCAGCUGAUGUCGAAUGGACGGAGGUACGGGAGAAUGACACAUGGGCAUAGAGGUGGGGAAGAGCGAUUGGCACUUUGGUGGUCUCGUAGCUUAUAGUCAAUGAUGAUCUACAUGUUUUGUUUUUACAAAUUUAUUUAUUUUUUUUGGGGAGAAAUAAAUAAUAUGAGGGAAGAGCGAAAAUUUCAAGAUUUUCAGUUUUCACAAUAAUGAAUAAGGGGAAUACUUUUUUUUUUUAAACCUUAUAGUAAUAUGUUGGUGUAAAUGGGGGCGAUUGUCAUUUUUGGUCCUUUAUUUUAAUUUUUCCUAAAACUUUUCUCAUGUUCAAAUGCUUUAGUGAUCUUUUCUAAAAUUUAUUUGUUUUAACGAUUUAGAUUAGGCAUAAUUUGUUUGUAUAUACAUUUCAUUAUAUUAUUUUCAAAUGAAAUUUUAAUAUGCA